GUUUAACAUAAUCUUUAUCUUUAUCUUUAGAUUUUCCAGAGUAUAUGAGCCACAAUUGUAAAGCAUCUUUAAAUUUAAAGCUAUUCUGCCUGAUAUUCAGCUUGCUUUAGUCCAAUGACCACAGACAACAUGUGGGAUAAUAUGAAGAAAAUCGACAGGCCCUAGUUUGGAGGCUCUGCCAUUUACUACCAUUUAAUGAUAAUUAGAAGAUUUAUUAUAUCAUUUACUGAGACUAUAAUAAUGAAGCUAAUAACGAAUUAAUCAACAAUUUAUUAAAGGCUGAAAUACACUGGACAAUCUUGAUGUGUAUUCCAGUCAUAUAACUGGGAAGACAAGGGGGCACGAACACUUUCCCAGUGUUAUGAAAUGUGGCUAAAUUCUUGAACACAGGUGUGACAUGGCUAAAUGAGGAACCCAGGAAUUCUAUUAUAAAAUAUAAAUAAUAAUUACAUAUCAUUAGAAUUUGCAAAUUUGUUAGACAUAUGGUCUGUCAACGGAAGCUCUACGAACCACAAGUGGAAGGUAUAGAGAAAUGGUGCAUGUUAUCCAUAGUAUUGCAGUGUACUGAAAAAAAAUGUGGGAUUACACAGUAAACAGAGCGUACGGUAAAAGACUAGAAUUCUCUGGUCCAGUGUGGGUGUUAGUGACUUCAGCUGACCAGAAGAUGGCAGUGUAUUACACUUGCUAUUUCUGUUAUGUAAUCCAAAUGUUUCCAGGUGAUUGCAGACACUACUAGAAGCUGACUGUCCAUGUAACUGAGAAACAUGGAGAACUGUUGCAAUCACCGUAAGAUGAUAUUUUCUGAGAGCCAGCCAGGGUCCCCAUAAUUUAAACAGUUUGUAGACUAAGAUGGUGAGUUCAUGCUUGUGUGAACUAAGCUAACUUAACAAUAGUCUACUUAGUGGUAGUUUUCUGCAUUUCGUUUGUUUAUUUUUGCAUUGUUUCCUGAGUAGAGAAAACACUGUUUCAGUAGGCUAACUCUAAACAUAUCCUUGUAUAUUCGCGAUUUGUAUUUUCUGCACAACUGCGUUUUUAUGUUGCCGUUUAAUUUGCACGCAUUUUCUGCAUUGGUAAUAUUCCGUAGAUAUUCUGCGUGUUAUUCCAUGAUUAGUUCAGGGUUUUUUUUAAAGAAACAGAGUCAAAUGGAUGCAUUGUGUCUGUCAAAUUAAUUAAUUAUAAAUUACUCGUCUAUUAAAAACGGGUUGCCGUGUUUAAAGCCGGCUCCUACCGUGAUACCCUCUGUUUAUCUUUCUAGUUUUGUCUCACAUGACCUAUACUUCUCUGCACGCAUGGCUGCCGGACUUCAACCGUUCGACGCAUGCGCUGUCGCUAACAUCCGGGGCCGGGACAAGAAUGAACGCCAAUUUCCAAGAUGGCGGCGGAGGGAGGAGGGAAGGAGAUGAACGAAAUUAAAACUCAAUUCACCACACGAGAAGGCGUCUACAAACUCCUCACUCACUCCGAAUACAGCCGCCCGAACAGGGUGCCUUUCAACUCGCAGGGCUCCAAUCCUGUUAAGGUCUCCUUCGUCAAUGUAAACGACCAGUCCGGCAACGGCGACAGGAUCUGUUUCAAUGUGGGCCGGGAACUGUACUUUUAUAUCUACAAAGGCGUGAGAAAGGCUGCUGAUCUUAGUAAGCCCAUAGACAAGAGGAUAUACAAAGGAACGCAGCCCACGUGUCAUGAUUUCAACCCACUCACAGCUACAGCAGAGAGCGUUUCCCUGCUGGUAGGCUUCUCAGCAGGCCAGGUGCAGCUCAUAGACCCAAUAAAGAAGGAAACCAGCAAACUCUUCAAUGAAGAGAGACUUAUAGACAAGUCAAGAGUAACGUGUGUACGAUGGGUCCCUGGUUCAGAGAGCCUGUUCCUGGUGGCUCACUCCAGUGGCAGCAUGUACCUGUACAACGUGGAAAACACCUGUGGCACCACGGCACCUCACUACCAGCUCCUUAAGCAGGGUGAAAACUACGCGGUGCAUACCUGCAAGAGCAAGUCUGCUCGUAACCCGUUACUACGCUGGACAGUGGGUGAAGGGGCGCUCAAUGAGUUUGCCUUCUCCCCGGAUGGCAAGUUUCUGGCUUGUGCGAGCCAGGACGGCUUCCUGCGGGUAUUUGGUUUCGACGCGGCAGAGCUCCACGGAACAAUGAAAAGCUACUUUGGUGGCUUACUGUGUGUGUGCUGGAGCCCAGAUGGACGAUAUAUUGUUGCUGGAGGGGAGGACGACCUGGUGACGGUGUGGUCAUUUUCAGACUGCAGAGUGAUCGCACGGGGGCACGGUCACAAGUCAUGGGUGAGUGUGGUGGCAUUUGACCACUGUACAACCAGUGUGGAGGAUGGUGACCCCCCUGCUGAGUUCAGUGGUAGUGAUGAGGACUUCCAUGAGCAGAUUCACUUUGGUGCAGGCCGGGACAGAGCAAAUAGUGCUCAUUCUCGCCUUUCUAAGAGAAACUCUACAGACAGUAGGCCUGUUAGUGUGACCUACAGAUUUGGCUCAGUGGGCCAGGAUACCCAGCUCUGUCUGUGGGACCUUACGGAGGACAUUCUCUUUCCUCACCUCCCACUGUCCCGCACUAGGACUCACACUAAUGUUAUGAGUGCCACAAGCCCCCCAGCCACUGGACAAACUACUACUACUGUAUCCACCACCACUAAUCCCAGUGGCACCAAUGGUAAAGACAAUGUGAGCAAUAGUAGCUCCAGUGGUAACCCAGCUAACUCCCUCCCUGGCACCCUGCCUCGGUCCAAUAGCUUGCCACACUCAUCCAACCCAGCAGGGGGCAGCACCCCCAACAGUCACACAGGCAGUAGCAGCAACAGCAGCAACACCACCACCACCACCACCACCAACACCACAACCACGACCAAGGGCAACAGCAUCAUUGACAGUGCUUUCAUUGCCACCGGAGUCAGCAAGUUUGCAACGCUGUCGUUACACGACUCGCGCAAGGAGCGCCACGAGAAGGACCACAAACGAAACCACAGCAUGGGUCACAUAAGCAGCAAGAGCAGUGACAAGCUCAACCAGCUUAGCUCAUCACGGACGGCAAAAGCUGACGCAGCUAAGACUCUGGGCACCACGCUGUGCCCGCGCAUGGAUGAAGUGCCACUGCUCGAGCCGCUAGUGUGCAAGAAGAUCGCUCACGAGAGACUCACUGUGUUAAUCUUCCUUGAGGACUGUCUGGUAACAGCCUGUCAGGAGGGUUUCGUUUGCACAUGGGCUAGGCCUGGGAAAGUGGUGAGUGACAGGCCUCUUGCGGAUACUGUCAUGUGACACCUCUCAACUCACAUUGCUUCUAGUUCAGGCAUUUUCUAGCUGCAUUCAGAAGCUGUUAAUGCUACUAUGUGAAGCCAAAGGUUUUGGUUAUUCCAUGCCAGAUUUAUUCUAAACCCUCAGCAUUACAAGCACAGCUUCUUCCAACAGUAAACCUCAUGGCCUCACUAGUUUGCCUCUUUUAUUACGUUCACAUUACACUGUUGUUUGUUAUCAAUGUGUGUGUUAUCUGUCUCUCCACAGGGAUUGCUAUCAUCUCAAAACAACCCAGCCAACUCCCCCAGUGGAACAGUAGUAUAGCCCCAGUGCUGGUGCUGCUAAUGACAGCUCCAUGCAACAGAGACGGGGAUGACCAAGGCCAAGGCCCUGCAGCGCUUCUUCGCACACUGUCACACACCACAUGACCUCCAGUGUCACCCUCAUUCUCAUCACUACAGCCACCCAGAUGCUCUCUUUUGUGUCACUGCUCGUGUUUAGGUAACCGAUGUUGGCCAAGCCAGGGUUAGAAACUUGACCCCCUUUUGUCUAGGGGGGUAAAAAGGGUGCUAUUUGGAAGUAAAAGGCCAAGCUUUAAAUCACCCAGGAGGUUUAUGGGAGGGGUUGACUGGCUCACUGAGGGGUUGACUGGCUCACUGUUACAUCCAUGGUCAUAUCAAGUCAUGUCUAGUCUGAAAAUAACAAACUGUCAUACCCAAUCCUUUGUGCCUGUAGUUCUUCAAAGACUAGACACGGUGUAAACAUUGUGGUAAUGCCUCAACCUAGCCUUGUGUGUGGGUUUAAUUCGGUCAUAUUUCCUGUAUUUUGUUUCUUCAAAUGUACUCACAGAUAAAGGGAAUAAGAUGAGGGAUUGUUUUAGAGCAGCAGCAUAUCCCUGAUGCCAAGUCUCUUUCUUUUCUUUUUUUUUUUCUUCAACCUCCUGGGCGAUCCCUUGUGCAGCCACAUUCCUCACACGCCUGCUCAAGAGAGACUGGAGCUUUUUACUUCCUUCACAAAUAUUUCAAUCAGAGGUAUCACACUUAAAAGUGUAUUUUGCACAGAUUUUCUUUUGUUGUUGUUCUCUUGUUUUUAUUUUUCUUUCUUCCCAUUUUGAAUUCAUGACGGUGGAACACAAGCAAAAUAUUUUGAAGACAGCUUUGGAAGCACUUGGGGAAACGGCGCGUUAUUUCCUAAUGUCUCAACGCUGGAUGCUGCAAUCAUAGUUUUUUAUAUGGAAAAAAAAGUUGUUUGCACUUAAUAGUUUGUUAGAGGAGAAUGGCUUUACAUUUUUGGAGUGUGUAAGGACUCCUUGACAAGGUUGAAAUAUAAAUAGAAUUAAAAACCUUUGUAUCUAUUGAACAUUUAUUUUAAUAUUGUUUCAGAUUAAAUGGGCUCUGUAUUAUAUGUAAAUAUUGUACUUCAAUGAUUUAUGGGUGAAACGAUCAUUAUUACAUUAGUUGAAAGAUCCUCAUUUCAGAAAAUAGUGAUAUUUCUAAUACAGAAAGUCUAUACCUAAUAUUAAAAAUGAAUCUUGAAUAUGCAGGUGAAAAUGUUUCUUUUCUGUUGUACAUAAAGAGAAUUCAGGUGUAUUUUUAUUAAUGAAACGUUUGGUAUAGGAGAUCUAUGAAAUCCUCUUAUCUAACAGGUAGUGCUGAAUGCUAGCUAGCCUGUCGCUGCAGAUUCCUUUUACACAUAGGCAGGUAGGGCGCAGACGCAGCGGUCUAAUUCAGCCAUCACUCCGAGCUCAGGUAAACCACAGGAAGACUAACGCUGGCAUAGUUCCCCCGCCCCCCUCGCCCGUUAGCACCAGUCCCAUCCAUCAACAUGCGUGUGAAUUCACUUCAACUAACAAAUAAGACUGACAACCAUGUUCUGCAGACAGGGCUGAAAUCUGUGACUCCUGCUAUUGUGAGUAAUAAUUACUGAACUGAUGCUGAACUUGUGAACAAACUUUUGACACUGUGUUGAAAACCAACUGACUAAUGUCAGAACUUGAUGGUGGUGUGAGUGCUUGAGGUGAGGGUGUUUCUUUUUUUUUUUUUUUUUUUUUUAAAAGCACCCACAAAGGAAGAGUGAGGAUUUUAACAGUGGGAGCCUUUUCCUCCAUGUGACGCCUAUUAAAACAGCUUUGACAGAC